UAUUGCAGGCAUGGAGAUAAGACCACUGCGAGGGAUUGAAAAUUUGAAAAGUAUACUGAAAAGAGUGUAUAAAGACUUGGAAUGGCCGCAAGAUUUGUAUCGAAUUAACCGAAUUGUCGAAAUUUGUUAAACAUGGAAUACAACCUUAUCAACCUCUUUUACCUUUUCGUUUUUGUCAUCACUUUGAAACUGUUGUUCUCCAGAAGGUUGAAAAACCCACCACCGGCUCCACCGUCUCUUCCAAUAAUCGGCAACCUAUAUCAGCUGAAAAAACAGCCACUGCACCGCGCCUUGCACGACCUCUCACAGAAAUACGGUCCUAUCCUCUCUCUCCGGUUCGGAUCUCAACCCAUCCUCGUCGUUUCAUCAGCAUCUGCUGCGGAAGAAUGUUUCACAAAAAACGACAUCGUUUUCGCGAAUCGUUUUCACUCCACCACGUCCAAGUAUCUUGGCUUCAACAACACCAUUAUCACGGCAUCAUCGUACGGCGACCACUGGCGCAACUUGCGUCGUAUCAGCUCCUUAGAAAUCCUCUCUAAUCACCGCCUUAACUCGUUUUUGGGAGUACGAAAGGACGAGACCAUGAAGUUGCUUCGAAAGAUGGUUAGAAUCUCUGGUAAAGAAGAAUCAGCGAAAGUAGAACUGAGACCCAUGUUUGCAGAACUCACGUUCAACAUAGUGAUUAGAAUGGUGUGUGGAAAACGCUACUACGGUGAGGAAUACGACGGCACCACCGCUGAGGAGGCUAAGAAGUUCAGAGAGCUCAUGAAUGAGAUAUCGCAAUUUGGGUUGGGGUCCAACCUCGGAGAUUUUGUGCCGCUUUUCAGAAUUUUUCGAAGUCACAAAAAGUUACGAAAGGUUGGAGAGAAGCUAGAUGCGUUCUUCCAAGGACUCAUUGAUGAGCAUCGGAAUAAGAAGGAAAGUUCAAAUACCAUGAUCGACCACUUGCUUUCCUCGCAGAAGUCACAACCUGACUAUUACACUGACCAGAUCAUCAAGGGACUUAUUAUGGCAUUAUAUGUGGCUGGAACAGAGACUUCCGCUGUAGCAUUGGAGUGGGCAAUGUCUAAUUUGUUGAACCAGCCAGAGAUAUUAGAGAAAUUAAGAAUUGAAAUCGACAUGGAAGUUGGAGAAGAGCGUCUGAUAGAGGAAGAAGACGUUCCCAAAUUAUCAUACCUUCAGAAUGUUAUAUCUGAGACUCUACGAUUGCAUCCACCACUGCCCAUGUUAUUGCCCCAUUUAUCCUCUCAAGAUUGCAACGUGGGAGGUUAUGACGUGCCACGUAACACUAUGUUAAUGGUGAAUGCAUGGGCCAUACAUAGGGACCCGAAGCUGUGGGCUGACCCGACAAGCUUUAAGCCCGAAAGGUUUCAGAAUGACCCAGUGGCUGCACACAAAUUAAUGCCUUUUGGGUUGGGAAGGAGGGCAUGUCCUGGUGUUGGCAUGGCCCAAAGAACUAUGGGCUUGACUUUGGGCCUGUUGAUUCAAUGCUUUGAGUGGAAAAGAGUUGGUGAGGAAGAAAUUGACCUCACUGAAGGACGAGGAACUAUUGUGGCCAAGGCAAUUCCAUUGGAGGCCCAAUGCAAAGCACGUCCAAUCGUUAGCAAGAUCUUCUAAAUUUGUCUAAAUUUAAGUUGUUGUGGAUGUUCAAAUCAUCUAUCAUGUUGAAUUAGUAGCCUCUAACAUAUUUUUUGUUUCUAUAUACAUUUAUAAUGUAAAGAAAAUGAGAAAUUCUAGGAUGAACCAUUAGGUAGUCCACCAUAUGUAAUAAAAUUUCUGGUGUUUUGAGUGAUCGCAGU